CCCACUUCUUCCAACCACCGUUAGUUCCGCUGGGGGCGCGGCUGACGACUCGCCCGAAGCCAAUCAGUCUCAUCGGCGGCUGUUUGCUCAUGCAUCUGAUCCUGGAACGGUUGCGGAGGUGGGGAAAGAAGCGAAAGAGGCAAGACGCUGACUAGUCGAGAAGCCACUUGUUGUUGCCGAGCAGCGAGCGGCGGUCGUCGGCUUCAUUCGUCACCUCUCCGCUGCCUCCAGGAAGUUGAAUGUCUGCAUCAUCGUUGUCUCCAUGGCCAUGUCCACACAUCAUCAUCAUCUUCUUGACGUCCUUACCACACCUUUUUGCAGACGCCAAUGCGCUCCCUACAGGCCGUAUGGGCAACUGCACCCACCCACUGGUGCCGGAGCACGGGGGCUUCCGCUGUGAGCCGUCCCCCUGCCGAGGUUUCCCCCACAGGAGCUCCGUACACCUGUUCUGUGAGGACGGCUAUCACACAGCCAAAUCUCCCGUCUCCUGGUGCCAUCACGGAGCUUGGAAGCCCCCCAUUCCCGCUUGCAUCCGCAUUAGAGGGGGUGCUCGUGUCAACGAGGGUGGAGAAAACGUUGGCGUGCCCAAUAUGGCCACGACGGCUGUGAGCGUGUCCAUUUUUUUGCUCACCACCACUGCAUGCCUUGUGGUCAAGUCCCGCCUCUGCCCCUGUCAAUCACACAGGUCACAUGACGUGUCUCCCGCCAGGCGUCGGUCUUCGGACCAACUGGACCUGAUGGCUGAGGUACAUCCUGUCUCGCUACCGUCCUACGAGGAGGCGAUGUAUAGCAGCUGGGGCCAGCCCCUCGCUUCCUCCCGCUCGCCAAACCCGGGACCCACCCAGCUCCUGCUGGCCCAGGAGCCGCUAGGCGAUCAAACCAGCCCUGACAAUUCCCCGCCCCCUUACGAGGAGGUCCAAUCACGAAGGAGUGACAACCGACAGCUACGCGUUUCUCUGUCGGAUGACAAAGAUGUUUAAAGGACAAACUAUGAGGUGGUUUCGAUUGACAGCUAAUGGAUGUGAUGACUUGGCACUUUGUUCCCCUCUUGUAUUAGGUCAGAUGCAGCUGGCUGACCAAAGCUCAUUGGCCAGUUUGCACUCAUCUGACCUAUGUUGUACUGUACGUGUGUGUGUGUGUGUGUGUUAGUGAGUGAGUGUGAUCACGCUGUUAUAGAAACCUGUGUUUUCAUGGCAACCAACCUGGAUUUAUCAUGUUAUUUCAAACAAGUUAUAUUGCCAAAUUCAUUUGAAGGGCAAUGGAAGCUCUCAAGCCCAACAUGAAAUGUUAAAUUAAAUUAACCCUGACUUGAAACCCAAAAUUUUAACCCUUCUCUUGAACCAGCCAAGCCUUGAAAUAGUUACUUGAAACCCUAACCCAGACUUAAAAUUCUAACUCAAGGUUUUUAAGACCUAACCGUUUUGAAACGCAAAUUUGCAACCGGCUACACCUAACUCGUUUUCAGCCUAACUUUGAAACCUGAAUUCAUGCCUGCUUGGAAUCUGAAUUUAAAACUGCAACCCAGGCUUGUGACUUGAGAGUUUCUACUGUAUCCACACACAGAAUAUUUGAAUGAAUUUAUGAGAUUAUAUUUAUAUGAGGUAAAUCAACUUGCACACUGAAUGUAUUUUUCUCUUAAUGCCAUACUGUAAAUUAUAUCGACAUACUUGAUGAAUAUCUUUUCAUGUCUGUUUUGUCAUAUUUAAAGUUCUUAUCCCCUUUCCCUUAUAUUCUUUCGAACUUCCCGAAACUCAUCUAUGUCUUUUGAAACUACUCAGUUCUUCUAAAGUGCGAGCUAGCUUAACCCUUUCCAUCGGGGCUGACUUAGAUGCUCCUAUCAAGUUAUUCUAGGCUCAACUAGUGCAGUACGCUAGUGUGUGUAACGAGUGCUUCCGGUCCUAAAAAGGACAGCUUAAUAUAUUUUAGUUUUAACAAGUGCAACAAAACCACAGGGAAGGACCCACUGUAAAAAGGACAUGGUUAGACCGACGUAUUGUGCCUCGGCACAGGCAUUGGAUAACUUGGGAGGGACUGGCGUCCUAAAACUGAGGUGGUUAGAAGGCAGACGAAUCUUUCCCGCUACUGACUUAAUAAAUUCUCGUCUCCUCAUCUACCACUAGCAGUGGCCGGGGACUAAGGAGAGUUUUUACCCUUUAAACGGAGAUGAGCUUGGUUUUGACACCUUCUGACGUUUUAGUUUCAUUCAGUGGAAUUUGACACCAAAGCAGGAAACCAGAAACCACACACCGAGAUGACUCAUCUUAAUCAAUUCUGAACGAGUGGUUUUCAAAAUAAUGUGGUGCCGGAAACAAAGAAA